AUGGUCUCUCUCACCCGUCGAAGCGUCGCGCUCCUCGCGAUUGCAGCGUGCGCUACCACUGCUUUGGCUGCUGAGGGGCCGGCAGAUCCUGCCCCUGAAGUAGUUGCUGAGGUUACUGAUCAGCCUGCGUCACCUGAACUCCCACAAUUGAGGAAGCCCAUCAACCCCAUGGUUGCGGGUGGAGCGGCUGCUGGCGCAGUCUUGUUGAUGGCUAUUGGGUUCUUUGGUCUGCAAGCACUUGGAGCCAAGAUGGUUCAGGCAGACUCUGGGGUUGCACAUACUAAGGUCGCCGAAGAGGUCUUUCUUUUCACCGACAAGUUCACUCUCUCAACCGACAAAUACAUCGCUCUUGUAACCGUCGCACACGAGGCGAAAUCAAAGGAAGCAAUCAAGGCUAUGCAAGAUGAAGAGAAAAAGGCAACCUCUGACAAAGUGGCUGACGACGUCAGAGGAUUAUUGGAUAGCAUGACCGAGAGCGGCAAGACGAAGCUUGAGCUCACGUUCGGCGAAGGCAAAUGCACACUUGAGUUCGACCUGAAAAUGACACAACCAAAGGAAGCAGCCCCGAAAGCUCCGGAGGCAGAGCCUACAUCAUAA